CUGAGCACUCACUUGCUCAGAUUAACCAAUCUUCUCUCUCCAGGCAGGUGACAGCAAUUGGAUUAGUACUGCAGGGAACAUCCAACUCCUGUUACCUCCUGUCUGUUCUUUGUUUGUUCUUUGUUGUUUAUUUGUUUAUAUGUAUUGUGGGGAGCAAUAUGGCGGAAUCAGGGAAGGCUGAGGUAGUUGAGAGUUUUGGGGAGACACCCCAGGUCAAGCUUGAGAUGAAAGUGCAGCCUGUAACACCUGUACCGCCUGACCCUUUAGAGGCUGAACUGCGGGCCCAAGAGGAGAAACUCCGCUUGCAGGCCCAGGCAGUUGAGAACCUAAAGGCAGAGCUUAAGAGGAAGGAAGAGUACGCCCAGAAAGAGGUCAGGAGAAAAGUGUUGAUUGGAGACAUGCAGAGAAUCAUGAGCCCCGGUACGACCAGUCAGGCCAGUAAGGACAUGGCAGAAUUCAUCCUGAUGCAGGAUGAGAUUCACCGGUCCUACUUUACUAACUGGGAUAACCGAAUCUCAGGUCUAGAGACCAGUCAUUCAGCUUUGUCAAAGAAGCUGGAUGACAUCUCUUCGCAGCUGAGCAACAUUGCCAAACAGCUGCAGAUCACCCCUGUUCAGACUGUUCCUCCUUCUUCUGGCCCUUUUGCAGCACCUGUCCCAAAACCCCCACACUCCAGACCUACAUCCCCACCUCUUACACCCAAGUCACCAGCACCCUCUCAGUCCUCAGCCCCAUUUGAACCGCAACGGCCCAAGCUGACCCCUCCACCAAUGUUCUCAGGAGAAGAUCCUAAGGUGGAUGUGGCAGAUUGGGUGACUGCGCAGCGAACCUACCUGAGUGGGUUCAAAUGCGACGAGGAUGUGAAGGUGUCAUCCAUCCUGGCACGGCUGGAGAGGACUGCACUGAAAUGGUGCACCUCUACUUCCAGCAAGCAGGGGAUGGAGAUGGCUGAUUGGGCACAGAGGUUGGGGGUGGCUGGAUUUCUGCAGGCCCUGCAGGACCGGUUUGCAGACAAGGAGCAAGCCAGAAAGACUGCAGAUAAAAUUUUGCGCCUGGGCCAGAAAAAGUUUGAUGGCUCCUUGUCCAAACUGUAUUCCACCUUUGAGAGUCUAACAUCGACUCCAGGGUUGGAGAUGAGGUCUUUCACUUUUGAAGACUCUGAGCUGGAUGAGACCUGGGAGGAGGACGAUGCUCAGACUAUUGCUGAUCUUUUCCUGUCUUUGCAGGAGAAGAAGAAGCACAAGUCUGAACUCAUCCUGCUUCGACCCUACAUCCUGGGAGCCAAAAUCAAAGGGAUCUUGGACUGUGGGGCUACUCGCAACUUCAUCUCCCCCAAGGCAGUCAGCAAACUGCACUUGGACCAGAGGUUGGUGAAGCUGCGACAACCAUUGGAGGGCUGCACUAUUUUCAGCAAGAUCGACCUCAAAUCUGGCUACCACCAGAUUGAGAUGGCUGAAGGCGAUGUCCACAAGACAGCCUGCAAAACCAGGUAUGGGACUUACGAGUACCUGGUUAUGCCAUUCGGUUUUUGCAAUGCGUCAGGCACCUUCCAAACAGAGAUGCACCGCAUACUGAGGCUUUACCUUGACAAGUUCGUAGUUGUCUACCUUGAUGACAUCUUGGUAUUCAGUCGUUCUGUCCAGGAGCAUGAGCAGCAUCUGGCUCUGGUCCUUCAGGCCUUACGUGCUAACCAGUAUAAGAUCAACAGGGAGAAGUCCUCUUUUGGAGUUCCCUCUGUAAUCUAUCUGGGACACGUGAUUUCUGGAGAGGGGUUGGCUCCUGAGGCAACGAAAGUUGCUGCAGUUCAGGACUGGCCGCGACCUGCUAACAUUCGUGAUGUCCGGUCUUUCUUGGGGCUUGCAUCUUACUACAGGAAGUUCAUCAAGAACUUCUCUGCGAUUGCAGCACCCCUGACUGAUCUUACAAAGAAAGACACUUCCUUUCUUUGGACGUCAGAAUGUCAGGAGGCCUUUACACGUCUCAAGGAGGCCUUGAUUCGUGCCCCUGUCCUAAAGCUACCUGACCCUACUUUGCCUUUUGUAUUGACUACUGAUGCCCAGUAUGGUGUAGGGGCGGUACUUCAGCAGGAUGAUGGGAAUGGUCUGCAGCCUAUUGAGUAUAUGAGCAAGAAGAUUAAGACCAAGAAGCUGCAGGACUCUACCUAUGAGAAGGAACUCUAUGCUCUUGUGUCAGCGCUCAAGCAUUGGAAGCACUUUCUCCUGGGCAGGCACUUCAAGAUCUUUUCAGAUCACUCCACCCUUCAGUGGAUGAAGUCCCAGGGAGAGCUGAAUGACAAGCUUGCUCGCUAUAUCCAGUUCAUUGACAUGUUUGACUUUGAACUGAGACACAAGAAGGGCUGCUACAAUAGAGUCGCAGAUGCCCUUUCUCGUAGGCCUAACGCUCUCUUUCUGAUCUCCUUUACUCACUCGUUUGGAGAGAGGACCCGUCAGACCAUUGCCCAGUUACUGCCCCAGGAUGAGACCUUUGGGCCUAUUGUGAGGAAUCUCCAGGACGAUCCUGCCUCUGAACCAGGAUACUCUCUGGUCUCAGGCCUGUUGUACACGUGCAGCAGAGGCGAGGAGCGCUUGUGCAUUCCCCAGGACCGCAAGCUGAGGACACUUCUGAUGUCAGAGUGUCAUGACGCUCGUGGUCACUUUGGUGCCCUCAAAUCUUAUGCAGCCCUGUCGCGGCGCUUCUUCUGGAAGGAGAUGAGGAGUGACAUGUUGCACUAUGUGGAAACCUGUGAGUUAUGCCAAAGGAACAAGGUGGUACGACGACCUCCCCUUAGCUUACUCAAACCCCUACCUAUCCCUGAUGCUCCUGCACAGUCAGUUUCUAUUGAUUUCACUGACUUGGGUAGGACGACACCACGAGGUAUGCGUCAGGUCAUGGUAUGUGUGGAUCGGUUCUCCAAAUAUGCAGAGUUCAUCCCCUUACCAGCUGAGGCUCGUGUGCCGGCCAUCUAGGCGGCGUUUGCUGACAGGUGGGUUACACAUCAUGGACCACCCACCUCCAUUGUCAGUGACAGAGAUCCACGUUUUUGCAGCAAUGAAUGGCAAUCCUACUG